CUUUCCCUAUCAUUAUUUUUCUCAAUAGCAUGGUCUCUGUUCCCGUUUAUAUGUUGAUGCCCCAAUCUAAGCCCUCAUCGGUACUUUGGUACCUAGGCAUUGGUGCUGGGGCCACGCGACCAUCCAGCGAACUCCUGCCGUUAGAAAAUGAAAAUUGGAAGACACAACUCGAUUCAACUGAAUACAUGUACUCGUUCUUCUCUUCUCCAAAGCCUUUACUCCGAAGCUUCAGGAAAUCCUACCUGGACUGGAUAGUUGAGCGCAGAUGGGGCAUGAGCAGGCGUCAACCUCCGUUUUCCGGCAACACUCUCCCUUUAUACAGGUACCCUUUCCGGCGUCAACUUUCAGCCCAAGGCAUGGAGAAGAGCAUCUAUAGCAUUCUAACUAUUCAACGCUGGGAAUCCUUGAAUCAAAUGAAAUAUCAACUGGCUUCUCUUAGAACCGUACAUGGAAAACUGGCAUUGAAAUUCCUCAAUUGGGUUAUUCGACAACCAAGUUUGGAAUUUGAUCACCUUAUCCACAUAUUCUGCAUCACAACUCACAUACUUGUUAAAGCUAGAAUGUAUGAACCUGCAAAAUUGAUUUUGCAACAUCUCUCUCAAAUGGGUACUGGGUCGCAUCCUGUCUUUGCUGCUCUUAUGGUCACCUACUCACGUUGCAACUCAAACCCUUCAGUUUUUGAUCUUCUGAUUAGGAUUUACAUACAAGGAGGAAUGCUGAAAGAAUCUGUAGAGACCUUUCGAUUUAUGGUUUCCAGAGGAUUCAAGCCAUCGGUAAAUACUUGCAAUACUGUUCUAGCGGCAUUUGUGAAUAAGGGUAGAGUGGAGUGCAUAUGGUCUUUCUUUAAGGAGAUGUUGGCUGGUGGCAUUUGCCCUAAUGUGGGUACUUUCAAUAUACUGUUAUAUGUGCUUUGUCUUGAAGGAAAUCUUAGGAAAGCUAAUUAUGUAUUGAGAAAGAUGGAAGAGACUGGUUAUAUCCCAACAAGAGUUACUUACAAUACCCUGCUCAAUUGGUACUGCAAGAAUGGUAAAUUUAAAUUGGCUUGUGAGCUGAUUGAUCGAAUGGGUUGUAAAGGUAUUGAAGCAGAUGUAUGUACAUAUAACGUGUUCAUUGAUAACUUGUGUAAACACAAUAGAAGUGCGAAAGCUUACUUGCUGCUGAAGAAGAUGAGGAAGAAGAGACUUUGUCCAAAUGAAAUUACUUACAACACUCUUAUUAAUGGAUUUUGUAAGGAGGGAAAGAUUAGAGUUGCUACUUGUGUUUUUGUUGAGAUGUUGAGUUCUAAUCUUGUACCAAAUUGUAUUACGUACAAUGCUUUGAUUGAUGGGUAUUGUCAAAAAGGGAAUCUUGAAGAAGCUUUGAGACUUUUGAAUGAAAUGGAAGCAAUGGGACUGAGGCCUAAUGAGGUUAGUUAUGGAUCUGUUUUGAAUGGGUUUUGCAAGGCUUCCAAGUUGGAUUCAGCAAGAUCUCUCCUUGACUGGAUGAGGAUGAUUGGCAUUCCUGUUGGCCAUAUGGCAUAUACAAUGAUAAUAGAUGGCUACUGUAAGAGGGGAGAGCUCAAUGAAGCUGUUGAAUUGCUCAAUAGAAUGCUGAAUGGUGGUGUGUAUCCUGAUGUUGUUACGUAUUCGGUGCUUAUAAAUGGAUUCUGCAAAGUGGGAAAGAUAAACCAUGCAAAGGAGAUUCUUUGCAAAAUGCACAGAGAUGGAGUUUUGCCCAAUAAAAUUAUAUAUUCUACUAUAAUUCACAACAUCUGCAAGCAUGGAAAUGUUGUUGACGCAAUGAAGUUCUAUGCAAGUAUGACUCAUUCUGGUCAUUAUGCGGAUCUUAUCACAUGUAACACAUUGGUUGCUUCUCUUUGUAGAUGUGGGAAGUUGAUAGAGGCUGAAAUCUUUAUGCAACACAUGGGUAGGAUUGGCUUAGUUCCUAACUCCAUUACCUUUAACUGUAUCAUAAGCGGCUACGGAAGUAUAGGUGAUGGGUUAAGAGCAUUUUCCUUGUUUGAUGAUAUGGUUACAUUAGGUCAUCACCCAAGUCCUUGCACUUAUGGAAGCUUGCUAAAAGGACUAUGCAGGGGAGGAAACUUAGAGUUGGCGAAGAAAUUCUUUCAUAAACUCCACUGCAUUCCUUUUGCUGUAGAUAGUGUUCUCUAUAACACAUUAUUGGCUGGUGUUUGUAAAGCAGGGAGGUUGGAGGAGGCAGUUGUGCUUUAUGAUGAGAUGGUACAAGGUGGAAUAUUUCCUGAUGCUUACACAUAUUCUAUUCUUCUCAGUGGGUUUUGUAGGAAGCAAAAGCUGUUUGCUGCAGUUUUGCUUUUUGGGAAAAUAACGGAAAUGGGAUUUUUAUUUCCGAACCAGGUCAUUUACACUUGCAUGGUUGAUGCUCUUUUCAAGGAAGGGCUGCCAAAGGUUGCUUUGUUUUUAUAUGGAGAGAUGCUGGAGAAAGGCUUGUAUCCAGAUACAGUUGCAAUGAAUGUAAUUAUUGAUGGACACUCAAGGAUGGGAAAUAUGUGGAAGGUGGAUGGUUUUAUUUCCACAUCAAUCAACUCAACUUUCUCACUUAAUCUGGUUUCAUUUAACAUUCUCCUACACGGGUAUUCAAAGAAAAAGCAAGUUUCAAGAAUGUUUUUACUCUACAAUUCUAUGAUCAGAAGGGGUUUUAUGCCAGAUAAACUUACACAACAUUCUCUAAUUCUUGGACUUUGUCAAUCUGGUAUGCUUGACAUUGCUGUUAAAUUUGUAGGAAAGAUGGUAAUGGAAGGUAACAUUCCAGAUCAACUGACAUUCAACAUGCUCAUUACCAAGUGUUGUGAAAAUGGUUAUAUGCUAAAGGCUUUUGAUCUGUUCAACUGCAUGCAUAGAUUAGGUGUCAUGCCCGAUGGAAAUACCUACAAUUCCAUUAUUAAAGGACUCAAUAGAAAGUGCUGCUUUCUAGAAUCACAUAUUAUUUUGAAUGAAAUGUUGGACAAGGGGUUUUUGCCUACUUGUAAACAUUAUAUUACUUUGAUUAAUGGAGCAUGUCGAAUGGGGGAUAUAAAGAGAGCAUUCAGGCUUAAAGAGGAACUGGAAGCACUAGGUUUAUGGUCUCGUGAUGUAGCUGAGAGUGCUCUUGUUAGAGGACUUCUAUGGUGUGGGAAGAAGGAAGAGGCAAUGCUAGUUUUCGAUUGCAUGCUUCGUAUGGGAUUGGUCCCAACUAAUGCUACCUUUACUACUGUGAUGCACAAUCUCUGCAAAGAAGCUAACACUGUGGAAGCACUGAAGUUAAGGGGUUUGAUGGAAUUCUGUGGAAAAAAGCUUGAUGUUGUUGCUUACAAUGUCCUCAUAACAGGUCUUUGCAACAACGGUAAUGUUUCUGUUGCCUUUGAACUGUAUGAGGAGAUGAAGCAAAGGGGUCUUUUGCCAAAUCUUACCACUUAUACUGUCCUCAUUAAUGCUAUUUCCAGAAAAAGUGAUAGUUUCAAGGGAGAAAUGUUAUUAAGGGAUCUACAAGAUAGGGAAUUGAUCUCUCCUGAAGGAAGUACCAGGGAUUUGCAUGAGGGGUUGAUGGAUGCUAUGAGAAAACUAAAUUUGUUGAGGCAUAAGAGAAGGAAAUAGGACCACAAGUAUGUAGACAAGGUCGAAAUGCUGCAUUAGCUAGCUUGCUAUAGUUCCACUGGCUGACGACGCUGGGAUCUGGUUCUUUCUUGUGUGAUCAAUAGGGAUACUUAAAUGUAGGUAUGAAGCAUGUAACACUGACAGCUUGAAUCUUUAUCCUUGUGAUCUGUGUUGAAACCUACUUAUCCUGAUGACUUUCCAGUGGUCAAAGCAGCCGCUGUUCAAUGAUUCAACAUCUAAAAAAUUAUUUUAGCAUUAUGUCCCGGUUUUAGUUCUGGAAUGAAUCCACUCAGAACUGGCUGAGAGCCCAUUGAUUGUUAUGCAAUGCUUAGAGAACUUUUUCAGCACAAAUCUGAGUUCUUACUGUGGAAUUUUGAACCUUUUUAUCACUGGCUGAGAUAUCAACAACAACUCAGCCUUAUUCCAGCUAAAUGGGGUCAGCUGUGACAUCAAGUGGGAACUAAAUGUACCACACAGGUGUCUUCAUUCAAAUCAUUUGAUGUUUCUUAUACGAAAGGAUAUAUUCCUACGUAGCAUGAAUAAAGCUGGUUCACAGUGAAGAAGUGCCAGUUCAUUCUGAUGUUGGUGUAAAGAGAACUCUUAGUUCAUAUGGUGUCAUCUUGAGUGCACCCAGAGUCUGUUUUGCAUGCUAUGCGGUCUUCUUUCUCACGAGGGUAGUUUUUGUGGACUGAUCCUCAAUUCUGGGCAUUGUGAAGUUCUGUUUGUUUGCUUGUUAUGUUGUUAUUUUAUGUUGUAGAAUUAGAUGUCUUUGUUCUUGAUUCAUAGCAUAGGAGUAAUUUAUUUAUGCAUCUAUAAUUCUGUACCCUCUCUUGCUAUAAUAUCAGGAUGACUAUUUUGAAAAACAACUCAUUAGGAUGGUCUGAUCUUCUAUUUGCUUGCAUGAAGUUGCUGAAGUUGUUGUCUUGUUUCUGCCCCCUAUUAAAGAUUAUUCAUCUCAGAAUUGUCAAGUUUAGCUCGUAGCUUGGUUUGCUUGUUGCUUAGAGAGUAUGCACAUGAUGAGGUUGACUGCUGGCUUCUUGGCAGGGGCUGCAAUCUGAUGCACUUGCACAAGCAAUUGGUGUUCUUGCUUCACUUAUUGCUGAUGCAAAUAAGAAUGAUGAGGAGCUGGAUGAGAAGGUCAUGACGUGGUAAUUCAUGUUGCACAACCAUUGUGACAGUAAGCAUGACCAAUACAAAGCAUUUAUUGAUAUUUUGUUGGGGACUUUGCUGGCACUGUUUCCUAAGUCUCAUGUGGAAGUUCAGAGAUGGCCCAAUGUCAUGGUAUGAGGUUUUUCUGAGAAGCACUGUGGUUUUCUGGAUUUUCUCUUUGGACAGAUCAAGGAUUAUUAGGAAAAUCACUUUCUAUGAUUCUAAAGGCACUAAAGCACUUUCAGUGGUUGAUCCAAAGGCCAAUACACUAUGUUGACUGGUGCACUACUACUUUGGUAUGAGAUUAGCAAGGCAUACAACAUUUUAAAUAUGGCAGAGUUGCUGCAAUUCGGCACUGAAACACCAAAGGCAAAUAUGAUUGAUAGCUUAAAACUGUCUCAAUUU